AUGGCCUGUGGCCCACACGUGGCCCUCACAGGUCAAAGGAUCAGCUGUGAUUAUCUGGCAGCAGCGCUCAAGUCCAACCCCUCCCAUCUGAGAGAGCUGGACCUGAGUGACAACGACAAGCUGCAGGAUUCAGGAGUGAAGCAGCUGUGUGGUUUUCUGGAGAGUCCAGCAUGUGGACUUAAAACCCUGAGAUUGGACAGCUGUGGUUUGUCAGAGAUCAGCUGUGAUUAUCUGGCAGCAGCACUGAAGUCCAACCCCUCCCAUCUGAGAGAGCUGGACCUGAGUGAUAAUGACAAGCUGCAGGAUUCAGGAGUGAAGCAGCUGUGUGGUUUUCUGGAGUGUCCAGGAUGUGGACUUGAAACUCUGAGAUUGAGGACCUGUGUUUUGUCAGAGAAGAGCUGUGAAUAUCUGGCAGCUGCGCUGAAGUCCAACCCCUCCCAUCUGAGAGAACUGGACCUGAGUGACAACAACAUGCAGGAUUCAGGAAUGAAGCAGCUGUGUGGUUUUCUGGAGGGCCCAGCAUGUGGACUUAAAACUCUAAAAUUGUGGAACUGUGGUUUGUCAGAGAUCAGCUGUGAUUAUCUGGCAGCAGCGCUCAAGUCCAACCCCUCCUAUCUAAGAGAGCUGAACCUGAGUGAGAAUGACAAGCUGCAGGAUUCAGGAGUGAAGCAGCUGUGUGGUAUUCUGGAGAGUCCAGCAUGUGGACUUGAAACUCUGAGAUUGUGGAGCUGUGGUUUGUCAGAGACGAGCUGUGAUUAUCUGGCAGCAGCACUGAAGUCCAACCCCACACAUCUAAGAGAGCUGGACCUGAGUGAGAACAACAAGAUGGAGGAUUCAGGAGUGAAGCAGCUGUGUGGUUUUCUGGAGAGUCCAGGAUGUGGACUUGAAACUCUGGGAUUGUUGAGCUGUGGUUUGUCAAAGAUCAGCUGUGAUUAUCUGGCAGCAGCUCUGAAGUCCAACCCCUCCCAUCUGAUAAUGAUGGACCUGGCUGGAAAUAACAUGCAGAAUCCAGAUGUGAAGCAGCUGUGUGAUCUUGAGGAGAGUCCAGACUACAGACUGGAGACUCUGAGGUGGAUGUGAUGAGGGUAGACAGGACGAUGUGCGUGCUGAGAGAGGAGGAGCUGUGUCCUGAUGAUCCAGAGAGGUUGAAGCAGGAGCAGCUUGUGUGUAGAGACGCUCUGAGUGUGCCAUGUUACUGUGAGGUGGAGUGGAGAGGAGAGCUUCAUCCAGCAGUGACUGACAGAUGCAUGAGAAGAAGUGCAGAUGACUGUCAGUGCUGUAGAGUGAACUGCUCUGAGAACAGCUCCACUGUCAGACACAAUUUAGAGUCCAGCAUCAUCCCUGUGUGUCCCUCUGGAUCUAAUAGAGGAUCGCCAGUGUAUCUGGACUGCUCUGCUGCUGCUCUGUCCUUCUAUACUCUCUGCACAGUCUCUGUCUGACACUGGCUUCAGACCCUCCUGGAUCAAACUCACCUGGAAAGGCUUUCAGACAUCUUUGAAUAAAAAAAAAAACAUAAUGUUUU